AAAGGGAUGAACCAGAGCAAAGUCAUGAGGGCAUUUUUAGAAAACACCUUGCUCUCACUGAUGUUGUAUUCCUGCUUUUCCUCUGAUGUGUCCUCUCUUUAUUCCUCCUCUUGUCAGUUACAGGAACAGUUUCAUCUAAAUGGGAUGCACAAAACUGGAGAUGUGAUUCUUGGUGGACUUUUUGCAAUCAACUUCUUUUCUGAUGAUCUUAGCCUGACUUUUACCUCUAAGCCACAGCUGCCUCCCUGCUAUGGUUUUGAUGUUCGAGGAUUUAGACAGGCUCAGUCCAUGGCCUUUGCUAUUGACGAGAUCAACAACAAGUCCAGCCUGCUGCCUAAUGUGACUCUGGGAUACAGUCUGUAUGAUAACUGCUUUCAACUAGGAAUUGGAUUUCGUGCAGCACUGUCCUUAGUCAGUGGUCAAGAAGAGCAAGUUACAUUAGAGGAGAACUGUGUAGGAACUCCUCCAGUCCUAGGGAUUGUGGGAGAUACUACCUCUUCCAAUUCUAUAGCCAUUUCUACAGUCUUAGGUUUGUACAGAGUGCCUCUGGUGAGUUAUUUUGCCACAUGUUCCUGCCUGACUGACAGACACAAGUUUCCAUCUUUUUUUAGGACGAUCCCAAGUGAUGCUUUUCAGGUGAAUGCUAUGAUUCAGAUUCUAAAACACUUUGAUUGGACUUGGACAGGUCUGAUCAUCAGUGAUGAUGAUUAUGGAGUCCAUGCUGCCCGAUCCUUUCACUCUGAUCUGGGUCCAGCUGGUGGAGGUUGUCUGGCUUACACUGAGAUUUUGCCCUGGGGUGAUGACCCUGCUGAAGUGAGGAGAAUAGUGGAUGUGAUGAGGAAAUCUACAGCUCGAGUGGUGAUUGUGUUUGCACAUAAGAGUCGCACGAUUAACUUCAUGAAAGAGGUGGUGAGACAAAAAGUGACAGGCCUGCAGUGGAUUGCCAGUGAAGCCUGGUCAUCAGCUGCUGUGCUUCAGACUCCUCACUUCAUGCCAUACCUGGGUGGAACACUGGGCAUCUCCAUCCGUCGAGGAGAAAUACCAGGACUCAGAGACUUCCUGUUACAAACACGUCCUGAUCUACAUCACAACAACACUGAUGGAAAAAGCAUGGUGAAUCAGUUUUGGGAACACACAUUUCAGUGUAGAUUUGCACCACCUCCAGCGGGUUGGGUGGAAGCUGGAGGAGAAUUAUGCACUGGACAGGAAGUUAUAGAGAAUGUGGAGAAUGAAUUGGUGGAUGUUUCAAACCUCAGACCAGAGUAUAAUGUGUAUAAGGCUGUGUACACUCUGGCGUAUGCUCUUGAUGACAUGCUGCAGUGUGAGCCAGGGAGAGGACCUUUCAGCAACAACACCUGUGCUCAUUUACAAAGACUGGAGCCAUGGCAGCUUGUGUAUUACUUGGAAAAAGUCAACUUCACAACAACAUUUGGUGAUCAAGUAUCAUUUGAUGACAAUGGGGAUGCCUUACCUAUAUAUGACAUUAUGAACUGGGUGUGGCUCCCUGAUGGAAAAACUAAAGUUCAGAGAGUGGGUGAGGUUAAGAGGUCAGCCUUCAAAGGUGAAGAACUCACACUGGAUGAAGACACAAUCUUCUGGAACUUUGAGUCCAAACUGCCUCCUCGGUCAGUGUGCAGUGAGAGUUGUCCUCCAGGUACCCGCAUGGCCAGAAAGAAGGGGGAACCUGAGUGUUGUUUUGACUGUGUCCCUUGUUCUGAGGGAAAGAUCAGCAAUACAACUGACUCCAUGGAUUGCACCAGCUGUUCAGAAGAUUUCUGGUCCAGCCCCCAGCGUGACCACUGUGUUCCUAAGAAAACAGAGUUCCUCUCCUACCAUGAGCCUCUGGGUAUCUGCUUGACAACCACCUCACUGUUGGGAACAUUUAUCUGUGUUGUUGUUCUGGGCAUCUUCAUCCAUCAUCACAGCACACCUAUAGUUCGUGCCAACAAUUCAGAACUUAGUUUUCUUCUCUUGGUGUCACUCAAAUUGUGUUUCUUGUGUUCGUUGCUCUUCAUUGGACGACCCAAAUUAUGGACUUGCCAACUUAGACAUGCAGCAUUUGGCAUCAGCUUUGUGCUUUGUGUCUCAUGUAUCCUGGUGAAAACCAUGGUGGUUCUGGCUGUGUUCAGGGCCUCCAAACCAGGAGGUGAGUCCAGUCUCAAGUGGUUUGGUGCUGUGCAGCAGAGAGGCACAGUUCUGGUUCUGACUUCUGUUCAAGCAGCGAUCUGCACUGCCUGGCUUGUCUCUUCUUCACCAGUGCCUCAUAAAAACACUCACUAUCACAGUGACAAGAUAGUUUAUGAGUGUGCAGUUGGGUCCACUGUUGGUUUUGCAGUUUUACUUGGUUAUAUUGGUUUACUGGCUGUCCUCAGUUGUUUGUUAGCUUUUCUAGCAAGGAAUCUUCCAGACAGUUUCAAUGAGGCCAAACUCAUCACUUUCAGCAUGUUGAUCUUCUGUGCAGUGUGGGUGGCCUUUGUCCCUGCUUACAUCAACUCUCCAGGCAAAUAUGCAGAUGCAGUGGAGGUAUUUGCCAUCCUGGCCUCCAGUUUUGGCCUCUUGGUGGCACUGUUUGGUCCCAAAUGUUAUAUAAUCCUGUUCAGACCAGAAAGAAACACAAAGAAAGCCAUCAUGGGUCGUGGCACCACAAAGUAAAACUGUCAGCACAGCUGUUUCUCUAUCCUCUGUAUUUUAGAAUUGAGUGGUAAUGUUAAGAUCCUAAUAGAUGCAAUAAAAAAGUAGAUAAAAAAGCAAAUCAUUUUCUUUUAUUUUUCGAUAACAGCUCAUUUUUUACAAUAGAGCUCUGGUAGCUGAUGUCAAAAAAAGCAAGGUAACGCCCCCUGGCAGGGUACGACACGGUUCACCUCUUUUGACGUAAAUACAAGUGUUGGGGAUCAGCUCAUUGAAGAUGGAGUUGCAUGCAUCUUGGGUGGAGACCACAUGGCCCUUUGCUUAAGGACAAAGAGGGUCAUAAAACUCAGUCUCUAAAGAUCCCUUAUCUUCCACACAUCAGUGGGAAACCCACCUCCUUCUUUCUCUUCUCUUCUCCAUCUCUCCGGAGGACACAUGCUCCUCUGCUCUCCCCUGCCCUUCUGGGUGCAGGGAGGACACAGACAUCAGCUCUUCAACUGAAGACCCUUCAGCACAGAGCUCAACAAGCAGCAUGGGAAUCCUCUCUGCUGAUCUUCGAGCAGGCCUGCUCAUAGCAGCCUGCUAUCCUCCCAUUCGAGGCAGUGACACCAGAGCCUGCCUAAGGAUCAACCAAGGAUCAACCAAGGAUCCAGAGCCAGGUUAGCUCCAACUAGCUAACUUUGUAAGGGGGAACCUGAGCCACAGACACCAGAAACACAGUCAACCAUCUACCGUUCCUGGACCAACAGACCAUCUUUCCAGGACUUGAUAAAGUAACUGGGCCUAGCAUAGCAUCACACUACUUGGCUAAGCAUAGAUGAAAUGUUGUAUUGAGUUUGCUUGCUCACACAUAGUGUUGUUGCCAUGUCUAGAUUUAGGUUAAUAUGAUGUUAGUAAUGUCCAUGCUUCUUAGCUUUCAGCUCUAGAUGUGUUUACAAAACUGGUUAACAAAGAAACACAGCAGCCAUGCGGUCAAGAAGCCAUCUUUGAUUCCGCCAUCUUGUUGUAGUUUCUUUGACAACCGCCAUCUUGAUUUGUAGUCUACCUAUAGCUGACUUGACCAUUUGACCUGUACACACACAGACCCGCUCUCUCUCUUUUUUACACACACACUGUCACAUUUAAUAGAUAUUGUUGUUUCAAGCUUUGAUGUCUUUUUAAUAAAUUAUUUCUAAAAUA